GCUAAAAAGUCGACAUCGGUUGUUGAUUUCCGUUAUGAUGUCGAGGUGAUAGCACAAUUUUCGCAUUUAUUUGAUCGAAAGAAAUCGUGCAUUAAUGUUGUAAUCUAGUAGGCAACUUUACGACACCUUGACUUGAACUGGAGUUCGUGUCGCAGAAUCCUAAUGCUUCGUGAUAGUAAUUGCCACAAUCUUAAUGCCUCUCGCCACAGCGUGUAAAAGAGAGCGCCGACGCAAAGUUUCUUGCAGCGGUUAAUAAUCAAACAAAUUAAUAAUUUUUUAAUUACGAACAUAUGACAGCUGGCGUGCAUAAUUGAUCGGUUGAUCAACCUAGGCAUUGCGAAGCCAAGAGAGGGAAACGGACUGCGCAGUCUUAAACGAACAAACGUGUGCAGAAGUGGAUCGUGUGAAUUAGACGAGCAGCAAUUGAAAUACUACACUUUAGGGCAAUUUUUUAAAGUUGAGUGUUCAGAAGAUUUUCCGGUCAUUUGAAACAGCAGAAAUCGACACAGUAACUUUGUUAUCAAAUCUCAUAGUCAAGUGUUGUUUAUAUUUGGAUUGUUGGUUUGACAACGAAUCUAUUACUGCAAUGGCAACGUCGUCGUUCGUACUUGUAGUUUUACUUUACUUCAAAUUUGUAUUGUCCCAUUCACUGGCCAUAAAAACUGCUUUUGUUGAGAUUGUGGUACGAGAUAGUCCUGAUGAGAAUUCUAGGUAUAGGGAUAAAUUUGAAGGAAUAUUUGCGAACAUUGGAAGCUAUACUGAAGCAAAGGGGGAUAUUUUGCAGAUCCAUCCAUUUGCUCUGUGUAAUAUAUCCAGAGGAAGUCAUUACUAUUCUGAUGAAUGGGUUGGUGUCAUAAAACUGACCACACCAGCACAUGAAUCUCAAUCAUGCAACAACACAGUAAAAAAGGCAAUUGGUGCUGUGAAAAAUGGUGCAAAUGCAGUCAUAUUUGAUGUCACAGACAGUCCACAAGCGGCAAAAGAGCUUGAUUCACAGUACAUGUUGGUUGAACGUCCAGUUUUAAUCCUAAGUGGUGAACACGCUAAAAAAUUGAUGAAUAUUGUCAAAAGACAAUACAACUUGAAAGCCAGGAUUUCAACAAAACCUUUGAUUCGAGAAACGCAAGAUAGUCGCGGGGAAUAUGUGGAUAUGGUUAUUUUUAUGACUUGUUUUAUUCUCGUCACUAUAACUUGCUUUAUUCUUUUAAUAAAGAUAAAAUGGAGGCAAAACAAAAAGGAGUCUUCUCUAUCAAAAAUGGCUUUUGACGCAGUGGACAAAAUGGAAUCUAGAAAAUAUAAAGAACAUGAGACAGAAACAACGAUGAGAAACGAGCAGAAUUUAGAGCAUGCAUUUAAUGAGCAAUCUACUUUAAAUAUUGGAGCUUUUUGUGUCAUUUGCUUAGAGGAAUUUAAAGAAGGAGAGGAUGUUCGAGUCGUUUCAUGUGGCCAUGAAUUUCAUCUCAAAUGUGUAGAUCCCUGGCUUUUGACCAAUUACACAUGUCCAUUGUGUAUGUUGAAUAUUGUUGAGCGCGAGGGGAAUGGUAUCAAAUCUGACACCUGCUGCACGCCAUCAAUCCCAACAGCAUUGCGAUGUUGCUUUAGACCCAGUCCUCUCUCUUCAUCUAGUAUGGUUUAUAGUGUAACGCUUGAUGAAUCAACAGAAGAGGGUGUAUCGCUGGCAACAAGCGAUAUUGUAGAGACUGGUGACUGCGAUUUACCAACCACUAUUGAUAAUAUAUGUAAAGAACAAUGCAAAGAGACCUGUGGGAAGAAUGAAGACUCUAAGACACAUACUAGAAAGGUUGCUCUUAUGAGCAACGAAGAUAUUUUCGAGAACAUGUCUGACAGACAGCUUGUAAAUCUCAAUUCACAAGAUCGUGAGUCAAAGAAAGAGAGCGCAAUCACAAAAAGCAUGCAGCUAUUAGAUACGGGAAAAAGAAAAAGUAUGCUCGAAUUAUAUGAUGACGGCGAUAAAGUUUAAAUGAAUGUUCUAUUUGGGACUGGCAAAUUAUCAUCGAAUGCUUCACAACCAACAUUGAAUGUGAAAUAAGUAAUAUACCAAACUUAUUGGUAUACAACUAUAUCAAUGUUACGGUUCAAUCUCCCACAUUCAUCCACGACACACAAGUACAUCAGGUCAAAACGACUUCACUAUCUAAAUCAUACAACACAAAAAUGUCGAACUAUUUAAAUGAAAAAAAAACCGCUAACUCCACGGUUGAAUUAGAAAUACUAGAUAUGUUAAUAAUCAUUAAGACAUUUUUCGUAUCGAAAUUGUAAAUAGUUGAAAUGAAAAAUAAAAUGGAAUACGGUUUGCGAGUUUUA